AUGGCUGAAAGAUGCGGAUUUGAGGUUUUGGGUGAUUGUCAGCGGCGCCCUGUAAGCGGCCCGGCUCCGGCAGUGGGAGAGGACAGCUGCUUCUCGGCGAGCCAGCCCGUCAAGCAAGCCGCCACCCUGAGCGCCCAGUACGGCAUCAAUGUGUUUGUGCUGGGCAUGGUGCUGAUGCUGGCGGGGACAUUUCAGAGAGCCGGAGUGACCCAGGAGCACACCCUCGCCUACCUCAGCACCCUCAUGGCGAUGCAACUGGCCUGGAUGCUCUGGUACUUCUUCAGGAGACAUGGAAAGAGCGUGCUGGUGACCGAAAAAGACGAGCACGCCGGACCAAGGUGGCUGAGAGGGGGUUUAACCUUGUUUGCCAUCUUGAGUUUAGUUCUGGAUGUGUUUAAAAUUGGCUACUACAUUGGAUAUUCAAGCUGUCUCACAGCCACCAAAGGUGCCUACCCUGCCAUCCAUGCAGUGCACACACUCUCCCAGGUGUAUUUCCUUUGGUUUCAUGCAAAGGAUGUCAUUCAAACUUUUCAAAUGAUAGAAAGAUUUGGAAUGAUUCAUUCUGUUUUUACGAACCUGCUGUUAUGGGUGAAUAGUAUAAUUGCAGAGUCAAAACAUCAGUUACAUGACCACAAAAAGAGACUGGCAGGACUUGGGUUUGCCAACUUAACUAUGGAAAAGACUGGACCAAACUGCAGCUGUACUAUACAUGCAUGCGCUGCUUUCUACAAAAGCUCCUAUUACAUGUACCCUUUCAGCAUUGAGUAUCACGUUUUGGCGUCUGCAAUGCUCUACAUCAUGUGGAAGAAUGUCGGUCGAAAGCUGGAUCACAUCAGCCCUCAAAAACCUGCGUUUAAGACACGCUCCAACAUAUUGCCAGGGCCAGUUCUGGGAGCUGCUGUCUUCGCAACCACAAUAGGAAUUCUUGUUGUGUACAGCCUGCAGGCGGACCAUUCAAAAGAUCGCCGACUAUCUGCUGUGAAUAUCUUUUACUUGUACAGUAUGGCCGUGCUUGGCUUAAUGUCUGCAGCAUCUACAACUGGCUUGGUCAUUUAUAGGAUAGACAAAAGGUCAAUGGAUUAUUCCAAAAAUCCCACGCGCAAGCUGGAUGGCCAGCUUCUGGCCAGCACAGCGUGUGCCUCCUGGCUGCUCUCUUGGUGCUCUGUAUUGGCGGUGGUUUCUGCAGAAAGCCGCCGCCGUUCCACAUGGCUCAGUUUAUCGCUUUCUACUAUGGCUAUCGUUGAGAAAUCCGUCCAGAACAUGUUCAUCGUUGAGUCUCUCCAUCGGAAACGGGAUGCCGGUGAAGAGGAAGCAGGAAGGAUCAAGGCGACCAGUGACCGUCCUGGGAUAUCCCCCCCACGCUGUGGCGUUGUCAACAAAACACUGGUGGAGGUAGAGCGAGAGCUGUGUUGCGCGGCGGCUCCCCAGUCUUCAGACGACAGAAGCAGCUCGGUGUGCGGUGAGCAGUUAACUUCACCCCGAGCUGCCGGCUGCUUUCCACCAGCCAGCUUCAGGCAAAUGGGAAAUCUGCGCAAAACCAGAGUGAUACUGAAGAACAUCGUCGCGUUUCUGUUCUUAUGUAAUAUUUCGUUUUGGAUACUUCCAGCUUUUGGAGCUUGGCCCCAAUUUGACAAUGGAUUGGAAGAAAAUGUUUAUGGCUUUGAAGCAUGGAUUUUAAUUGUAAAUCUUGCAAUGCCUUUUGCUAUUUUUUACCGCAUGCAUGCAUCUUCAGCACUUUUUGAAGUGUUCUAUGCAAUUUAA